ACAGCAUUACAAACACACACACACACACACACACACACUCUCUCUCUGUCUCUCUCUCUCUCUUCAAAAAUAGAAUUAUCAAAAAAAUCGAACUUUUUAUUUGAGAUCUAAUCUCUCUUUCUCUCAGUCUAUCAUCUCGGUUCCUUGUCUCUUGCCCGUUUCUUCUUAUACAACAGAGCAUCUUAUAGACUCAGAUCUCAUUUUUGCAAAUACCCAUUUCCCCAUUCAAUCAAAAGCAGUUGAUCAGCCAAUAUCUAUUGUUGAUAUCUGCUAAAUCCUAAGUGAAUCUGUAUUACCUCAUUUUUCUUUCAAAUUAGAGCCUUGAGGUAUUAAACAAGCAGGGUUAUCUUGGAUGGUGAAAUUGACAUAAGAUUAGUAUAGUGGGAUAAGAUCUUCAUUAUGAUAUUAUAGUGCUUAAGUGAGAGCAGAAAAAUAUUUUUGAGCAUCUAAGAGAGAGGGAAACAAUGAGGGGGAGAUCUGAUGGGAACCAGAAGAAGCGAUUGAUCACUUCUGUCUGUGUAGUGGCAAUUUUUCUUGGAUUCAUAUAUUUUUAUUAUGGAUCCAUUUUUGGCUCUCAAGAAUAUGGGAGCAAGUUGAGAAAACUCGGGUCACCUUAUUGGGGUGGGGAUGAUGAUUCUGAUGGGAAACAAGAUGAAUCAAUCAAAUUCGGCCAGGAAGAUGGAGAGGACGAUAGUGUACCAAAGAGCUUCCCUGUAUGCGAUGAUCGACAUUCAGAACUCAUUCCCUGCUUAGACAGGCAUCUUAUUUAUCAAAUGAGAAUGAAGCUGGAUCUCUCUUUGAUGGAGCAUUAUGAACGCCAUUGCCCUCCUCCUGAAAGGCGGUACAAUUGCCUGAUUCCUCCUCCAGCAGGGUACAAGAUCCCAAUUAAGUGGCCAAAAAGUAGAGAUGAGGUAUGGAAAGCAAACAUUCCUCAUACCCACCUUGCACAUGAGAAAUCUGACCAGAACUGGAUGGUUGUAAAAGGUGAGAAGAUAUCAUUUCCUGGGGGUGGCACACAUUUUCAUUAUGGAGCUGACAAAUAUAUUGCUUCAAUUGCAAACAUGCUUAACUUCUCAAAAAAUAACUUAAACAAUGAAGGAAGGUUGAGAACAGUUUUGGAUGUUGGCUGUGGUGUUGCUAGCUUUGGUGCUUAUCUUCUGUCAUCUGAUAUCAUUGCAAUGUCAUUGGCACCUAAUGAUGUGCAUCAAAACCAAAUCCAAUUUGCCCUAGAAAGAGGAAUUCCUGCAUAUCUUGGUGUUCUGGGGACCAAGAGACUCCCUUACCCAAGCAGAUCUUUUGAGCUUGCCCACUGUUCACGGUGUAGAAUAGAUUGGCUUCAAAGAGAUGGUAUACUUCUUCUUGAGCUUGAUCGUUUACUUCGACCAGGAGGCUAUUUUGCCUACUCGUCUCCUGAAGCUUAUGCACAAGAUGAAGAAGAUCUGAGGAUUUGGAGAGAAAUGAGUGCCCUUGUGGAACGAAUGUGUUGGAGGAUAGCUGCAAAGAGGAACCAAACUGUUAUUUGGCAAAAACCUCUGACAAAUGACUGUUACAUGGAAAGAGAACCUGGUACACUUCCUCCCCUGUGUCGGUCUGAUGAUGAUCCAGAUGCAGUGUGGGGCGUGUCUAUGGAAGCUUGCAUUACACCCUACUCUGAUCAUGACCAUAGAGUUAAGGGGAGUGGUUUGGCUCCUUGGCCUGCCAGAUUAACUUCUCCUCCUCCUAGACUGGCUGAUUUUGGCUAUUCAAAUGAAAUGUUUGAGAAGGACACUGAACUUUGGAAACAUAGAGUGGAAAAUUAUUGGAAUCUCUUAAGUCCAAAGAUACAAUCAAACACAUUGAGGAACGUGAUGGACAUGAAAGCAAACCUGGGGUCAUUUGGAGCUGCUCUUAGAAACAAGGAUGUUUGGGUAAUGAAUGUCAUCCCUGAAGAUGGACCGAAGACGUUGAAGGUGAUAUAUGACAGAGGACUGAUUGGCACUGUUCAUAACUGGUGUGAAGCUUUUUCAACAUAUCCUAGGACUUAUGAUUUGCUCCACGCUUGGACUGUGUUUUCUGAAAUAGAGAAAAAAGGCUGUAGUCCUGAAGAUUUGCUUAUAGAGAUGGAUCGCAUCCUUAGACCUAGUGGUUUUAUAAUCAUUCGUGACAAACAAUCAGUGGUAGAUUUUGUGAAGAAAUACUUAGUGGCAUUGCACUGGGAAGCAGUGGCAACAUCUGAUUCCAGUUCAGAUUCAGACCAAGAUGGAGGCGAAAUUGUGUUCAUUGUCCAAAAGAAGUUAUGGCUGACAAGUGAAAGUCUCAGAGAUGAAGAGUAGGACUACAAAAUAUGGUCCUUUCAUGCCUGCUCCUCUAUAUUUCCUAGUGCUCCAAUGGAUUAAGAAGGUCAUAUGAGGCAGUGAUGCAGUAAACAAUUUCAUUUUGUAGCAUUAAGUGAUGUUCACAUCAAUUUUUUUUGCCCACCUUUAUUCCAUAUAAUGAUUCAAUUCGAUAGCGAUAAACUAUCAGCAAUUCAGCUUUUAUAGGGUAUUCUUCUUUAUCUCCUUUUUAGUCCUGAGUGCAGUGGCAAGUAGUACUUCAGCUAUUGAUUAAUAAUCACACGCAAUAUGUGCAGCUGAAGUUGAUAAGAAUUGUGGCUUCUAAUUGUCUAAUAUUAUUUAUUAAAGAAUACUGUCUGCAUUCUAAAUUAUAUAAGUUCAUUUCUUUGCUAA